UUCGCAUCUCAGAUGAGGAGCGGAGCAGGCGGCUGCGCGUCUGAAAGCACCGCUCACAACUACAGACGGAGCGCUUGGCAUAGGACACCGUGGGAUUCUUGGAUAUAACAGCAUCAAACGCGUGGGAUAUAAACAUUGGUUCAGUUUAGCUUACUUCCCUUCACCCCUUUUCUUUUUCAUCCUUUUUUUCUCUCCUCAUCGUUGAGCAUCCUUAGCCUACUGCCUGCCCUUCCUUCGCUGAUUUACCUGGCUAACUUUCCACCAGACCCGACAUCAUCCCCCACCCUCCAUUGCUCCUCAACCUUCCUCGAACCCCAUUUAUCACAGCAGCAUCGUUCCGUUCGGGCGGAAACCGUUUGAUAAUCUACGGCACUUCAUGGGGCACGUUUUCUUGCUCGGAAAAUGUCCCUUUUCUGGUCACUAAGCGCUUCGGUGAAAUUGCCAACACAAGGACUGGAGUUGUUGGUGCGUGUGUACGUAUUCUGCUCACCUCGUGUGUACUGUCGGGGGACGCCUCUGAACUGAGAUGGGUCUCUUGGUGGCGGCGGAGGCACCAACUGAGCCACGACGUCCGUACCAGUGGAGCCGGACAGUGGGAGGUUGGGUCUGGAUCGCAGUCGUUGCGUUUCUCGCCACUUUACCUGUGGAGCAACUGCGCGCUUUCCCGUCCUCCCUGAGCGACUGCCAGACGCCCACCGGCUGGAACUGCUCGGGUGCUGACGAUAGAGAGACAGACCUGUUCUUGUGUGACAUCAACACCUGCAAGUACGAUGGGGAGUGCAUGAGGAUCGGAGACUCAAUCACAUGCAUCUGCAACUUCAAGUGCAACAACGAGUACGUCCCUGUGUGCGGCUCCAACAACCAGAACUACCAGAACGAGUGCUUCCUCCGCAGGGACGCCUGCAAGCAGCAGGCUGAAGUCCUGCUGCAGUCUGAGGGCAGCUGUCCUGUCGAUGCUGGCUCCGGAUCAGGAGAUGACGGAGCAGAGGGCUCGGCGGAGGCAGGACAGAAGGAAACCUCCACCUGUGACAUUUGCCAGUUUGGGGCCGAGUGUGACGUGGAUGCAGAGGAUGUCUGGUGUGUGUGUAACAUCGACUGCUCCCACAUCAGCUUCAACCCGGUGUGUGCUUCUGACGGCCGUUCCUAUGACAACCCAUGCCAGGUGAAGGAGGCGUCGUGUCAGAAGCAGGAGAGGAUCGAGGUCCGGCACCUGGGACACUGCCAAGGUGACAUCAUGACUGGGGCCAAAGCUGGAGAUGGACACUAUGCCAGAACUGAUUAUACAGAGACCAAGCCAGACAUCAGAGAUGAGCUGGUCAGAGGCUUGUACAUCCCCUGUCCAGAGCUCUAUAAGAACUACUGUGUCCACGGAGAGUGUGAAUACCCCAGCAUGUCACAGCCCUCCUGCAGCUGUCACUCAGGGUUCAGUGGGCCUCAGUGUGACACUAAGGAGUACAACGUGUUGUACGUGGUUCCUGGUUCAGGGAAGCUGCGAUACGUUCUCAUCGCCUCCAUCAUCGGAGCCCUGCAGGUUGCCAUCAUCUGUGUGGUGGUGCUCUGCAUCACUCGGAAGUGCCCAAGGAGCAACAGGAUAAACCGUCAGAAGCAAAACGCCACACACUACAGUUCAGAGAACACCAUGCGAGCAUCCACACGUCUCAUCUGAGGCCAGGAGGGAGGGGCACCUCCACGCCCCGCCCUGCCCCCCGCCCUGCCCCCCGCCCUGCCCCCCGCCCUGCCCCCCGCCCUGCCUUGUAGUCUCCCGUAGCCCCAGAACUCAGCCUCAACUCUCCCCCUCAAGCCCAACCUGAACCUCCUGGGAACACAAGCCCAACCUGAACCUGAACUCUGGGUGGGGGGAGGGGGGGGCUGCCGCCCCCACCCCAGGACUGGUGGAGGGUGUGGUCGCACAAGGAUGACUUGCUCAUCACCACCCCCCCUAUCUACCCCGCCCUCUAACCCUCACACCCGCCCCCCAGGAGAGUGUGAGGUGGAGGGAGGGGGUGAGGGUUAACUGGUGCUCUGGAGGUACGGAGGCAGUUGGGGGGUUGUGUGAAGGAGGGGGUGGAGGGAGAGAGAGAUGGGUGUAGCUGUCUGGUUGUUAGUGUGAGUGUUUGGGGGGGUGGGGGGAAUAGUGUUGUUUAUUUGUAGAGGGACAGCAGAGUGGGGUUAGUGGGGGGGGUGGGGGGUGGGUACACAUGAUGCCUUGCACCUGUGGUAGAGAACACAAGGACAUGCUCUCACAACUGUAUCUUAUGACCAUGUAUUACCGGGGUCCAUUUCCAGUAGUUACUAUUACAUUGUCUUGAUGGGGUCUUUUUCUGUAAAUGUAAAUAAAUAAUUUAUAUC